AUGGUUCGUUUAAACAUGAAAGACGAAAUAGAAAGCAAAACUGCACCGAUAAACAAUGGCUGUUUAAACGGGGACAAGAAGAAGACGCAUUACAGGAUUGGAGACGAAACCGCUCGCUCAGAAAUGAGGUCAUUGCAGUUUUCGCUUCACGGGCGCAAUCCGAACGCAGAAAUUACGAGCAGCAUCCAGUUGGCCCGACGAAUCCGAGGGGUACAAGCAUGAAAAACUAGACUCAAGAGUGAUCCAGGACUUAUGGAAUGGACUGCACUCAAGCAGCAGAUAAAUGCGAGCCGGAUGAUUUAAAGAACGAUUUUUUCCCCGAGGAAGAGACUUGCUGCCGACAGGUUCAUCGAUUAUGAGAUUGCUAACUGUUACAUCUACGAGAAAUUAUUGACUUGCUGAUUCAAGUUUGAAGUUUAUGUUAAAAGACAGAAUUGCAGAAUACUGAACAAAUAGCUUGACAAUUCUCUCAAGAGUUUCACAAGCCAUCUGGAAAGAGUUGAACUAAAAAAUGCAAGCACGCACGUGUCAUAUAUCGCGCAUUUUCACGACUUUUCAUUGUUUGGACAAUUUUCAAAGCCUUUGUUUCAAACCCAAUGCGACGCUAAUCAAUCAGAAAGCGUUCUUUGCAUUUCAUUUUUCUGUUUUAAGAUGUCUUCUUCGAGAUAAUGUUGAAUAAAAUUUCUUUCAUACACACUCGAGUUGAUCCUUUUGUUGUUGAGCAAGAUAAAAUUAUAUUCUGGCGAUAAAUAUUUUAGACUACGCACCAUGGCCAGAUACUUGAGGAUAGUUUUCAUAAAUUCUUAGCAACAAUUGUUUAAGUAUCGCAUUGCCCUUCUUUGUGACAGCUAAAACCGUAGGCAACAAAAUUUCAAUGUCUGUACAUAAAAUAAAACCACUCCAAGACAGCGGCGGUAUUUAGGAGAAAAACAAUGAAAAGAUUGAACAAAGAACGCGAACAAAUCUACCUGGAAGUCGAGCGCAAAACUUUAUAAAGAAACCAUUUUGUUUGAAAUUAAUUCUAAAGGGAGUUUUAACGAGGUCUUUUUCCUGACUACCUCAAACUGAACAGUCUAAGUCUAUAUCAAGCAGUUUUAAAAAAUUGUACUUUUACUAUCUUAGCAUUAUAUAACAGCAGAAGUAUUACAAGUUCAAUUAACGGCGGAGUUCGAUGCAAAAGCAAGCAACCUUGACUGCCUUCACUGGCCCUAAAUGUCUUAGCUACGGAACGAAGAAAAAUUCGUUUAAGGUCGGCGCGAACAACGUUGUUGAAAAUGAGCGAACGAUUCUCCGUAAAGAGACAUGCGCGGAAUGAACCAGGCUCUGGCGCGGGUAAACAACAUUUAACACAGUCGAUCCGGUCGACUUGUACCAAGUCUAAAUCGAUCCAUUUACCGGCGGGAAAAUCAGCAGUGUCCGCCAAGCGCGGAUGAUACGCAUUACACAAGCCGCGGUUGCUUGUGGCUGGUGCAUCCAAAUGAUGAAGAAAAUAAACAAACUCACUAAGUCUGUAGUAACAUGGCGUCAAGAACUUAAUUAAAAUUUAUUUUGCCACCCUUAAUAAAUGACAUAUCUUGACUAAUUUUGUAUUUUACAUUUAGCGAUUGCAAUCUCCUUGUUCCACAAUCGACGGAAUCAGUGCAUGGUUGUCAGAAAAACCAGUCACACAAUCGCACGAUCCUUGGCGAGGAUAUCAUAAACUGUAA